AUUAUUCUGCAGGCGAAAUGAGAGACAAUCACCAAAAUCCUCCCGAGAUGGAUAUUGAAGAUAUGGAAUCAUCAUCACAGGACAUUGAAAUUCCCACAAAAGAAAAAUCAGCCAAGGAAGCACUGCAAACGUAUAUAACACGAGCCAAAUUGAAUCCGGCCAAAACAGAUAACGAGAAGAGACGUCGAAAGGAUACAAUUCGUAAAAUUUAUUCCAUAUACAAAAAAUGCGAAUCAACUCACACGGCAGAAGAACGACGUUUGCUCGAAAAACAUCCGGAAAUUGUUAAACAGGUUAAAAAACGCAGAGAACGUGUUGAAAUUUACAAAGAGCGAGUCAUUGAAAAAGAAGAUGAUAUCGAAGUUAUUGAAGGCAAAAUUGAGGAGUUGGCCAGUAUUAUAUUGCAAGCCAAACAUUUGGUAUGCUACACAGGUGCCGGAAUAAGUACGGCAGCAUUAAUACCCGACUACAGAGGCAGUAAAGGCAUUUGGACGCUUUUGAAGAAGGGUGAAGAUAUUGGAGAACAUGACUUAUCGGCAGCUAAUCCCACAUACACCCACAUGGCCCUUUACGAACUGCAUAGACGAGGUAUUCUUCGCUAUGUUGUAUCACAAAAUUGUGAUGGUUUACAUUUGAGAUCAGGACUGCCGAAAUCAUCACUAUCCGAAAUUCACGGGAACAUGUAUAUCGAAGUGUGUAAACAUUGUAAACCCAAUUCUGUCUAUUGGAGGCUAUUUGAUACAACCGAAAUGACUGCCCGUUACUGCCACAAAACCAAUCGUCUUUGUCACAAGUGCUCUGAACCUCUGUGCGAUACAAUUGUGCAUUUCGGGGAACGUGGUAAUUUGCGAUGGCCCCUCAAUUGGGCAGGUGCCUGUCAACACGCUGAAAAAGCCGACGUUAUUCUAUGUUUAGGGUCUAGCUUAAAAGUCCUCAAGAAAUACACGUGGUUAUGGCAAAUGGAUAAGCCACCUCGGCAAAGAGCGAAGAUUUGUAUUGUAAAUCUGCAGUGGACACCGAAAGAUAGUUUGGCACAGGUGAAAAUCAAUGGUAAAUGUGAUCGUGUUAUGGAACUGUUAAUGAAUCACUUGAAGAUCCCCGUACCAGUCUAUAGUAAAGAAAAGGAUCCCAUAUUUGCUCAUGCCACACUGCUCAUGCCGGAAGAAUUGCAUACGCUCACUCAACCCUUGUUAAAGCAAACGCCAGAUGACGAUGAGAAAGAGGAAACACAGUCUAGUUCAGCAACGACGGCAGCUGAAGAAACACAAGAUUCUGCAAUGAGUUGUGAUGAUAGCUCUGGAACGGGUACUGCCGCAGAGUAUCGUAUUGGUAAAGGUCCACGAAUACGUACACCGCUUAAACAAAUGGGUUCGAGAAUUAAAACCAAUUUAGAGCUGAAAAAUAAAAUCAAACAAGAACUAAAAUUAGAUUCCCCCGCAGCAAAUGUGAAAUCGGAGACUAAAGCGGAAGAGGAUGGCAAGAAAUCAGAAUUGACCCUGACAAAAGGAUGUACAAAUAAUUUCUCUGGCAUUCUGGCAACUAAACAGUAUUCGAAUGAAUCCUCGGCACCCCUGGGGGGGACAAACGUUUUUAAAACCGAAAGUACAACACAACCCCAAAAUGAAACAGAAAAUUCUUCUUCUGCCAAAUUGGUAAAAUUGGAAGAUAUUGUGUCGAAAAUUGCAAUGAACAACAAUACUCAAAUUAUUGCUACCACAAAAUCUGAUAUAAAGACUGAAGAAAAACUCAAUGGUUUGGUGAAAGUUGAAAAUGAAACGACAAAACCGAAUGGUCUAUGUGUGGAGUUAAGAGGAAGUGAUACAAUCUCCAACGCAAAGAAUUCGGCGGUGAGCCCUCCGUUGGUGCCCAAAAUUGAACCGGAUUUACUUAAUGGUCUGAGAAGUAAGGGGUUCUCUGUAGAAAUAAAAACCGAGGGUCAUCCUGUGAAUUGCUCAAAAAAUAAUCCAACUGCCUUGACGCAUACAAAUCUUCACAGUCCGAAAAGAGAAAUAAAAACCGAGUCAAAUAACUCUCAUACCUUGAUCAAUUCGCCAUUGAAGUUAGAACCAAAUAGUGAGGUGCUGGCUGAAAUUGCUGAGCUGCAUAAAAGUGAACAAAUGUUAAUUAAACAGGCCACCGAAUUGACAAACAGUACUGAAGAGUUUUUGGAAAAACUUGGCAAUCAAAUGGGCAUUAAAAAUUCCAUCCUGACUGAUGAACCCAAAUUGGCAUUGGUACAAACAGCCGAUAAUGGUGGUGGUGGUGUAAAUAAAUUGAAUAAUGGCCUUAAAAUCCCCAACAAUUCGAACACAAUUGAGAGAAUAUCUCCAAUCAAAAGUGUGGAAGUACCGACCACCGCGUCAUCACAGCAAAAUAAUUUCCCAUUGCAUAUUUUAAAGAAAUUACCAAAAUGUAUACAGGUGCAAUUCAAAACGGAUACUGGUUUGGAAUCCCAGCCAUUUAAUGGUUUGAAAAAUAGUGGCAAUAAUAAAAUACCCACAACAAUUAGUGCAAAGGAACCUCCACCCUUGGCUCCAAUACAAAAAUCACCCACACCGAAAUUGAUACAAAAUCCCCGAAUAGUACAAGUUCAAAAUAUGGCAGCCGAUUUAGAUGAGGAAACUCUUUCAGCAGACGAAAAACCACCAGAAGACGAAGAAGUCGAGGAACAUAUCGAGUCACAAAUGGAUAUUUUGAGAAACAUGUCGUUGUCAUCACCCAAGAAAUUGGGUAAUAUCACCACCACCACCACCAGCAACACAUCAACACCUCCAAGAAGACCUUGUCUAAUACGGAAAUUACCCUUGUGGUAUGAUGCCCGUUAUGCCUACUCUGGACUUCAUAGUAUAGUUUUCCCACCGCCCGAUGAUCUCAAUAUUUGGGAUUUUCAAAUUGUGCCCAAUUUUGCCAUGAAUCGUUCAGCGGCCCGUUGUGAUUUCUGUUUUGAUCAGUAUGCCGAAUUCGAAUGCCAAUUCUAUAAGAAAUUCCAUCUGAACGAACGCAAACACAAGAAGAGGGCACGCAAUGGUCGUUUUGUACUCUGCGAUUGUUGUUCGUACACCGACGAGGAUGAUGAGGACGAUUACGAUGAGAAUAUAUCCCUGGCCCAUAUAGCAGCUGCCGAAACAGCCAAACGACAAAUGCAUUUGAAUAACACAUUUCCACGUAAACUGGCCCGUACCCAGGCCGGUUGGUAUGGCAAGGGUUAUAAAAAGAAUCGAAGAAGAAAAUAGUC